CUCUGUUUCACAGAAAUUAUCAUGAAAAAAUAGAAACAAAAAAAAAAAAUAGUAAUUGUUACAUUCGAUAGCAGUCCCCAUCAGAAGAGAUAAGAUGAGAGUAAAAAAUGAAGGAAAUUAUUCGCCAGAUGUUGCAGUUUUAGUGGAAUCGGUAAUGCAAUUCCGACGCCUCCUCUUCUCUUUAAAUCAAGCUUUUGCUGGAUUUGUUCCUCCCCCGGGAAUUAGCAGGUCCCAAAUCCCUUCUUUGAAGCAUCAAUCACGCUCGGAAAGGAGCUAUCUUUGCUAAUUUACCGUCAUCAAGAUCGGAUUUUUAAGUUUUAGGGUUCUUUACUUUCUCCAAUUUCAUGGAGAUGUUCGAGUACAGUUUGUUUUGGUGAUCCGGCACAGAAGCAAGAAAGAGAUCAAAGGAGGAAGUAGAAGAGACGAUGCUGAGGAAGAGAUCCAUACCAGUUGCGGGCAAGCCCUCGCCUUCCUCCAGCCAUGGGGGUUCCAAGAGCAAGAAGCCCCCUUCACCUCUGUCCCUCUCCCCCAAUCGACGCCUCUUCAGGAGCUUCUCCUCCAAGGGCUUCUCAGACCACGAGGUGGUCGCCAUGAACCCUAACUCCAUUCCCGAACCAAAACACUUGUCUUUUUCCAAGCAGCAGCAGCAGCAGCCCGCGAAGCCUCCUUUGGAAUUGCGGUCGAAGCCAAUUGGCCUCGGCAUUGUGGACGCUCUCAUUGAAGACGCAGCCAAGGGGAGCAGGAGCAUGAUCCUGUUCGGGUCGCAGUUGAAAACUAAAAUUCCAUCCAUGGAUUCGCCAAGCUCGCCCAUUGAGUUCGGCGUCAAGAACAAGGACUCACUGUUGGCGUUGGUCUCCCCUGGCGCACCCUUUUCGCCGCCGGCGUUCGCCGCCGGGAGCGUGUCGGUGGCGGAAUUGGAGAAGUCGGAGGACUACACCUGCAUCAUCUCGCGCGGGCCGAACCCGAAGACCACUCACAUCUUCGACGACUGCGUUCUGGAGAGCUUCGGUGUCGAUGAAUUUACUGCGGUGAGGAAGAAGACUAGUGGUGCGGGAAUGGGAACGCAGAGUGCGUAGAACAGGGAUAAGGUUUUUAAAAUUUUGAUUUAGAAAUAAAAAUGAACGCGUGAUAAUUAUUUUUGUGUCCAA